AUGUAUUCAAUCUGUAAAAGUACGCAUCCCGCCACGGGGGUGGAACAUGCAAUAACGUGCUAUUUCUUCAACCGAUCGGAAAAGUGCCUGGUUGUAGCUGGAGCAAACAUUAUAAGAGUAUUUCGCUUAAUACCAGACAUCGAUACUACAAGAAGGGAAAAAUAUGCAGAAAGUCGGCCACCAAAAAUGAAACUAGAAUGUUUAACCCAAUUCACGUUGCAUGGAAUUAUAAUGUCAAUGCAAGCGGUUCACUUGAUUGGUUCGUCCCGUGAUUCUCUCUUAUUGAGUUUUCGAGAUGCAAAGCUUUCCGUAGUUGAAUAUGAUUUAGAAACUCAUGAUCUUCGCACGGUUUCCUUGCAUUACUUUGAAGAAGAAGAAAUGAAAGAUGGCUGGACACAUCAUCAUCAUAUUCCAAUUGUCAGAGUAGAUCCGGAAGGCAGAUGUGCCAUUAUGUUAAUUUAUGGAAGAAAACUAGUCGUGCUACCAUUUCGUAGAGAUCCAACCAUAGAUGAUGGAGACUUACUUGAAAACACAAAGACGAAUUCGUCAAAUAAAGCUCCUAUUUUAUCGUCGUACAUGAUUGUUUUAAAAAACUUAGAGGAAAAAAUGGAUAACAUAAUAGAUUUGCAGUUUUUGUAUGGAUAUUAUGAACCAACAUUAUUAAUUUUAUAUGAGCCUGUGCGUACAUUUUCUGGACGGAUUGCAGUCCGACAAGACACCUGUGCAAUGGUUGCAAUAUCACUGAACAUUCAGCAAAAGGUUCAUCCCAUUAUUUGGUCAGUAUCUAAUUUGCCAUUUGAUUGCUACCAAGCAGUGCCAGUUAAGAAGCCAUUAGGUGGGACACUCAUCAUGGCUGUAAAUUCUUUGGUGUAUCUUAAUCAAAGUAUACCACCAUAUGGAGUAUCGCUCAACAGUCUGGCGGACUCGAGCACGAAUUUUCCACUUAAACCUCAAGAAGGAGUGAAAAUGAGCUUGGAGGGUGCUCAAGUUGCAUUUAUUUCCUCGGAUCGUUUAGUAAUAUCCUUGAAAAGUGGAGAACUAUAUGUUCUUUCCUUAUUUGCUGAUAGCAUGCGGUCAGUAAGAGGAUUUCAUUUUGAUAAAGCCGCUGCUAGCGUUUUAACAUCAUGUGUUUGUGUAUGUGAAGAUAAUUACCUGUUUCUCGGUUCUCGGCUUGGCAAUUCUUUGCUGUUGAGAUUUACGGAAAAGGAACCAGAAAAUAUACAGAAUUUAAAUUCUGGAGAAAUUAUCAUCGAUGAUAAUGACAGUGACGAGACUCCUGCCAAAAAAGUCAAGCAAGAUUUUCUUGGAGAUUGGAUGGCUUCAGAUGUCUUAGACAUCAAAGAUCCAGAAGAGCUUGAAGUUUAUGGAAGUGAAACGCAAACCUCGAUACAAAUAACUUCUUACAUAUUUGAGGUUUGCGACAGCCUGCUGAAUAUAGGACCAUGUGGUAACGUGUCGAUGGGAGAACCAGCAUUUUUAUCAGAAGAAUUCUCGCACAAUCAGGAUCCAGAUGUCGAGUUGGUGACAACUUCUGGAUACGGUAAAAAUGGUGCACUGUGUGUCCUACAACGUUCGAUACGUCCACAGGUUGUUACCACUUUUGAAUUACCUGGUUGCGAAGACAUGUGGACCGUCAUUGGUUCCGUAGACAAUGAUGACCAAGCAAAGACCGAAGCCGAAGGGUCUCAUGCAUUCUUAAUUUUAAGUCAUGAGGAUUCUACAAUGAUCUUAGAAACUGGACAAGAAAUUAACGAAGUGGAUCAGAGUGGAUUUAGCACUCAAGGUACCACUGUUUUUGCUGGAAAUCUGGGUGCAAAUCGGUACAUAAUACAAGUUACACAAAUGGGUGUGCGUCUUAUGCAAGGCAUUGAUCAGAUUCAACAUAUACCCAUGGAUUUAGGUUGUCCGAUAGUUCAUGCAAGUUGUGCGGAUCCGUAUGUUGCAAUACUUACCGAAGACGGACAAGUGAUGUUACUGACACUGAGAGAAGGAAGGGGCACCGCACGAUUACACGUGCACCCUGCUAAUUUAUUAUUCCGUCCCCAAAUAGAAGCACUUUGUGCUUACAGAGACGUAAGUGGUAUUUUCACAACGUACUUGCCAGAAGAUACUGACGACGAUGCUGUCGAAGAAGAGAAAACUGUAGAGGAACUUACUACGAUCGAAAACGUGGAUAAUGAGGAUGAUUUGCUCUACGGAGAUGCGCCCGCGUUUCAAAUGCCUGUCCCUCCUCAGACUAAAACUACCGAUGGUAUUACGAAAAAAUCUCCCUGGUGGCAAAAACAUUUGCAAGAAAUGAAACCCACGUACUGGCUUCUUGUCUAUCGAGACAGCGGCACUUUAGAGAUUUAUUCGCUACCAGACCUGCGACUAUCAUAUCUGAUACGCAAUUUUGGUUACGGACAGAAUGUAUUACACGAUAGCAUGGAAUCUACUACCAUUCAAUCGGUUCAAGUUAAUGAAAUUCCGAAUCCAGAGGUACAGGUUCGUGAAAUAUUAAUGGUUGCCCUAGGACAUCACGGUAACAGGCCGAUGCUAUUGAUGCGGUUAGAUUCUGAAUUGCAGAUUUAUCAGGCAUACAAAUAUCCAAAGGGUCAUCUAAAAUUGCGAUUCAAAAAAUUAGAUCACGAUAUUAUACCUGGACAAUUGAGAGUUAAACCAAAGGAAGAAGACGAACCACGUUUGAGUGAUACCCGAAUAUGUAUGAUGCGAUAUUUCAGUAAUAUUGCGGGUUACAACGGAGUAUUCAUUUGUGGCGACUAUCCGCAUUGGAUAUUUCUUACGGGUCGUGGUGAGCUACGUGCUCAUCCUAUGGGAAUUGACGGACCUAUUACGUCAUUUGCUCCAUUUAACAAUAUCAAUUGUCCACAAGGUUUUCUAUAUUUCAACAGGAAGGAGGAAUUAAGAAUUUGUGUUUUGCCCACACAUUUGUCGUAUGACGCGCCCUGGCCGGUUAGGAAAGUCCCCCUUCGUUGUACUCCACACUUUGUUACUUACCACCUCGAAAGCAAAACUUAUUGUGUUAUAACUAGUAUAGCAGAGCCGCUGAAAAGUUACUAUAGGUUCAAUGGCGAGGAUAAGGAAUACACCGAAGAAGAACGAACAGACAGGUUCCUUUUCCCAUCUCAGGAACAAUUCAGUAUCGUUUUAUUUUCUCCCGUUUCAUGGGAAACUAUUCCAAAUACGAAAAUCGACUUGGAUCAAUGGGAACAUGUAACUUGUUUAAAAAAUGUUUCCUUGGCUUAUGAAGGAACAAGAUCUGGUCUUAAGGGUUAUAUCGUCCUGGGUACCAAUUACAACUAUGGAGAAGACAUUACCAGCAGAGGAAGGAUACUUAUAUUUGAUAUCAUUGAGGUUGUACCCGAACCUGGUCAACCAUUAACAAAGAAUAGAUUUAAACAAAUUUAUGCUAAAGAACAGAAGGGUCCUAUAACGGCUAUUACGCAAGUUUCAGGAUUUCUAGUUUCAGCAGUUGGCCAAAAGAUCUAUAUUUGGCAACUUAAGGAUAAUGACCUUGUAGGAGUUGCCUUUAUCGAUACUCAAAUUUACAUACAUCAAAUGCUUAGUAUUAAAAGCUUGAUUCUGAUAGCUGAUGUAUACAAAUCUAUAAGUUUGUUACGAUUUCAAGAAGAGUAUCGAACACUUUCGCUCGUUAGCAGGGAUUUCAGGCCAACCGAAGUCUAUACUAUUGAAUAUUUAAUUGACAAUACUUCUCUGGGUUUUCUUGUAGCUGAUAGCGAGAGUAAUAUUGCCCUGUUCAUGUAUCAACCCGAAUCCAGAGAAAGUCUGGGAGGCCAAAAAUUAAUUAGGAAAGCUGAUUUCCACCUAGGACAAAAAGUAAAUACCUUCUUCCGCAUUAAGUGCAAAGUGACUGAUCCGGCCAAUGCAAAAAAACAUUUUCCUGGGGCCGACAGAAGGCACGUAACAAUGUAUGCCACCCUGGACGGAAGUUUGGGGUAUAUUCUUCCAGUUCCAGAAAAAACCUACAGGAGACUGCUCAUGCUGCAAAAUGUUUUAGUUAGCCACUGUUCUCAAUUUGCCGGUCUCAAUCCGAAAGCUUACAGGACAUACAAGAGCCACAUACGAAUGCAAGGCAAUCCAGCAAGAGGUAUCAUCGAUGGCGAUUUAGUUUGGCGCUAUAUCAAAUUGCCGUACAAUGAAAAGACAGAGGUGGCCAAAAAAAUUGGUACUCGAGUCCAAGAGAUAAUAGAGGAUCUGACAGAUAUAGAUCGACAGACUGCACAUUUUUGAGAGCAGUAUAAUCUAAAUGGGUUUUACUAUUUAGAGGAAUCUUAUAGAUUAAAGCCACUUUUUGUGUCGUUUAAAGUUUGUACAGACUUCCAGGAUCAUUACAAUUAGCGUAAUCGGAAUGACGUUAUAAAAGAGAAAAACGAGCCUAUAGAUUAUACGAGUAAGAAGUAAGAAUCUUGUAAUAUACGUUAGAGUACUAUUUUACAUAAUAAAUAUUACGACGAAA